AUGGCGGAUUACGACGAGACGGCGCCAUCUCCGCCCACUCCUCUCUCUCCCGAGGAGGAGGACGCCCUGUGGUCUGAACUCGAUAAGUGUGUCUCGGAACACUGCGAGAGCUACGAAGCCAUCGACGAUGCCCUUCGGUCCUGGCUGGACCUCACGACCAAGCUGCGCGACCAGCAACCCACAUCUCAAGAGGAAGUCGUCAUGUGCGCGCAGAUCCUGCUGGACAGCGUCAUCUUCCAGACGCACAAGGACUACGUCCGCAAGCAGCUCAUCUACAGCCUGCUGCAGGAGGACGAGGCCGGCCCGCUGCACGCCAUAGUAUGCAUGCUGCUCCUCGACGGCCACCGCGACGAGGCGACGUUUCCGCGCAUGAUCCAGGAGGCCUGCUUCCCUCGGCUCCUGGAGCUGAUCAGCAGCCGGGACACAAACGACGACCCGCGCCUCCAUCGCUUCCUGCUGCAGCUCAUGUACGAGAUGUCGCGUGUGGAGCGCCUUUCGCCCGAGGAUCUGGCGUUGGUGGACGAUGACUUUAUACACUUACUCUUUGGCCUCAUCGAGGGCGUCUCUAGCGAUGUCAACGACCCCUAUCAUUACCCGACCAUCAGGGUGCUGCAAUACAUGCUUGCGUCCACAGACACGGUCACGAAUCCCGGUUCGGUGCCGGAACCGUUGACGAACCGCAUCGUCAAGUGCCUGAGCCUCUACGGCCCAAGGUACCGAACGUUUGGAGAGAACAUCAUUCUGCUCCUCAACCGGGAGACGGAGACGUCUCUCCAACUGCUGAUCCUCAAGCUUUUAUAUCUUCUCUUUACCACGAAAGCGACGUACGAAUAUUUCUACACCAACGAUUUGCGAGUGCUGCUCGAUGUCAUUAUUCGAAACUUGAUGGAUCUUCCUGAUGAGCGAAUGUCUCUCCGGCAUACAUACUUGCGAAUCCUGUACCCUCUGUUGGCGCAUACGCAGAUGAACCAGCCGCCGCACUAUAAGAAGGAUGAGAUUCUCCGGGUAAUCAGGAUUCUUAGGGGUUCGCAUAACGCUCAUUUUGCGCCCGCCGACCCUACAACUCUGCGACUGGUGAACCGAGUCGCCAAGGUCAGCUGGCUCGAGGCAGAUGACGAAGACUCUGAGGCAUCCGGACAGGCAGAGGUGGCCCGAAAGCUCCUGGGCAUGAGCGUCUCACCGAGGGACUCGUCCAGCAGUGUUAGUGUCAGUGAUGUAGCCGAGGUUACGGAAAAGCCAGGCGUGCAGACACCCAGUCGGAGCCAGGACGCGAAAGCAAACCCCGGACAUUCGGAGCAUGACGGGGAGUCGGAGGAUAGCAGUGCUGGCAAAGCCAGGAAGCCCCUGCCGGCAGUGCCCAAACAUCGGCACGGCAUCCCCUUUGUGCAUGCCGCCACCACGGUGCACCUUGCCAAUAUUGCCACGAAGAAGAUACCGCCCAAAGCGCCACCGCCCAGACGACAUGGCAAGGCGAGAAUGGCGGAAACGGCGUCUGACGAGCACCUCGCGGGGGCCGUAAACUAGGAGGGCCUGAGACUCUUUUAGCCCAGAUAUGCACGUGUCCGUCACGGCUUUGGCGACGGGUGCAUGUUGUUUUCUUUGCUUUUCCUCUUUUUUUCUUCCUAUAGUGCGCAUUGUGUUUUCGUUGUUCUCUUACCUCGUACCCUUUAUCCAGCCCUUUAUCCAGAGGCCGUUGUCAGCUAAGCCCUGAUGGCUGUGGCUUGGCGUAAACGACCUUUUCUGUUACACGGGGUUUAUUACACCUUUGGAGACGUUUCCGGAGUUUUUGGAGUACAUGCGCGGAGUGACACGGGGAUCAUCUCUCUCUCGAACUCGUUACGAUCAGCGACAAGCCGGCCAGCGUUUGACAUGAGAAAAAUGAGUAAAGGGACAUACCUCGCAUCAUAGACAAGGUGUUUAUUGGGGCGAGAGAAGCAGCUUCUUUGCUAACCUCUUUUCACUUCUCUUUGUACAUAACAGACGUACAUACAAUGUCUUACUAUUGGGCAUGAUGCUUGGCACACGGGGCGAACAGGCAAAGGGGAAUCUGUUACUUGGAC